AGCUGCAACAGUGUCGGUGUUCCUUGCUAGAGUAGGGUGUUCAUUGCUUCACCAGUGGAGGUGGCUGAAUCACACAGCAACAAGUACUGACUUCAAGUUGGGGUUAUUUUAGUUGGAAAUCUCACUCUCAGAGGAAUCUUGUGUGGUUUGGCUCCUCGUAAGCACUUUGCAGAAAGCUUGUCAAGGCUGCUUAGUUAACGCCAGUAAACUGUCAUUCUGCCAACACUAGCAGACGGAAACACCCUGACAUUAAUGAGCUUGCGAGCCUUUUUUCAUUCAUAAGUCGGCAUUUCUCCUCAACGCCACCGAUCACUCUGUGGGUUCUUAUGAGGAAGAAACUCUACAGCCAGCUAGCACCUUCGAAGGAGGUCUCCGUACUUGUCGGCUGUAACAGACAAAUCUUUAGCAGUGCGGGAGGCAAUUUGUACGGCAGUUUGGCUCCGGGCAAGUUCACGGACCGCUACCGUAUCAAGUGACAGAUCCACCCUCCGAGGUUCUCUCCCCAAGUCUGGUGGUUGUUCAGAAUUAAGCAAAAAGAGUUCGCAUUGAACCUAACAUUUCGAGAUGUUGUUGGCUUCAACCAGUGUGUUUCUUGUACUCCUGUCGGGGGUGUUAUGUAUAAGACCGUAUUAUAUCGGAAGCAGACCAGGUCCCCGAGACAACAAUCCUAGGCAGGAAGUUGGAUCCUCUGGAAGGGCAGGACUUUGUCGGUUUGGUCGGAGCCACUUCGGCUGUUGCUACGGUUGGAAAAGAGACAACUUUGGAGGAUGUACUCCUGUGUGUUCGACGCCUUGUGAACAUGGAACCUGCAUCGGACCAAACCAAUGCCGAUGUGAAAGCGGUUAUACAGGGAGUAAAUGUGAGAGAGAUCUGAACGAGUGCAGUGCCCGCCCCUGUUCCCAUCGAUGCAUGAACACACCUGGGAGUUUUAGAUGUUACUGUGAACAUGGAUACAUUCUUCUUGAAGACGGUGUUUCCUGCAGCCGUGACGAUCGUUGUUCUAGUACUCGUUGUUCCUUUGGUUGUAUUCAGUUCGAAGAUGGCUUCACAUGCUUUUGCCCCGAUGGACUUGCCCUGCUGCCAGACGGUCUGGGAUGUACAGAUGUUGAUGAGUGUGCGGUGGGCACUGCAGAAUGCGGAUCUGACAGGAGAUGCAAAAACACCUAUGGAAACUACAUGUGUCUUUGUCCAUUAGGUUUCAAAUUUGCCUACGUGGAUGGCGAGUUGGAAUGUGUGGAUGAGGAUGAAUGUGAUACCAAUGCGUGUGGUACCAAUGCUUACUGCAUUAACGUCGUAGGAGGCUUUGAUUGCAAAUGUAACGAAGGCUACGCUGGAGAUGGAUAUCAAUGCGUCCCUAUAGAUUCCCGAACGUGUGUAGACCAGCCUUGUUUUGAGGGAGUUACCUGUAGAGAUGUUGCAGUCACAGACGUCUUGGUUGAAGGCACUACCACAGUCAAGCAGUAUGCAUGUGGGGAAUGUCCACCAACAUUAACUGGGGACGGAGAGACUUGCAAUUUGGAUUCUGUAGCCAUUGAGAUCCUGACAGUAGAACGAAGUGAUGAGACACUCCCUGUUGGUGAAGUCAAUGUCAAGGUCCUUCAAGAGCAACCUGAUGGUCAGACUGAGGUGAUUGCAGAAGGAACAACUAAUCUUAAUGGUAUCGCUAAGCUACAAGUUCCAUCUGGUGCCUUGCUGGAAAUCAGUGGUGCUAAAGACGAUUAUGUCGACGUCAUUAAAACCCGCCGCAUCCGUUCCAAUGGAGUUACCAUUGUGACUCUACCUAUGGAGUCAUUUCCUGAGCAUACAUCCUUCCUGUACCGGGUAUCAACAUCCAAAGGCUUCGAGUUUGGCAGCGUAGAAGGAGAGGCUGCUGGAUUCAGAUUGAAUUUCCCAGAGGGUGCACUGAGGGCGCGAGAUGGCACUACUAUCAACAUUAAGUACAAGGGUGUAGAUGUAGCAUCACCAGAGGCUUUAUCAGCUUUACCUGAUCUUACCCAGAUUGAGACGACAGAGGGCGAGCCAGAAGGCCAGCGUCUUGUACCCCUUGGAGCUGCAGAACUUACCAUUCUCACUAAAUUAGGAGAAAACGUGCAAUUCAAGAAGCCGGGUUCAAUAACCUUCCUCCUUAAAGACUUCAUGGAUCUGCUGGGAAUACGUGAUACCCUGGAUGCCUACUUCUUUGACACUGAAAAGGGCAAAUGGGUGAACGCUGGUCCAGGAACUAUAUCCGAGUCUGAAGAUGGGCCUGUAUGGAAGUAUGAAGCAACUCACUUCACUUGGUGGAUGGUGGCUACAACAUAUACUCCAGAUAAGAGCAUUACUGUUAUGACAUGUUAUGAUGCUGCUUGUACCAGACCAGCAAGCUAUAUACCCAUCAAAAUUUACGGUGAGAAUUUCUUCCACUACGCGGAGUACGAGACGGGGAGCACUGGAACCGUCUGCGCCGACAUCUUCAAGGAUGGUCUCAACCAAGUCAUAGUGGAGCAGAAUUGCACUGGGGAUGUGCAGAUUGUGUCAGCUAAUAUGCAGACACCUAAAUCAUCUUGUUCAUCGGGUGAAGGAGCUGGGCAAGUCAUUACCUUUGUAGUGCCAGAGAGUGAAGCUCCAACAUCCUGCCCUGACCCUGGUGAACCAGAGAAUGGUAUCCGACAAGGCACUGAUUUCAGCAUUGGGUCUGACGUAGCAUUCUACUGUAACCCAGAGUACCGAAUUGAAGGUCCAUCCCAGAGGGUCUGCACACAGUGCGGCAAAUGGAAUCUUAAACAACCUCAAUGUGUCGAUGAUAUCGUCGCGUCAGGCCAAAGCAGUUUCUUUUAACCUCAGAGUCUGAUAGUGGUACAAGGGUGGGAUUUAACCCCAGAGUCUGAUAGUGGUACAAGGGUGGCAAAAUGGAGAUUGUAAUGGAGCAGCAUUUAACGGAUCAGUUGCAUGGGUAGACGGGUUUUUGACGUUUGCAGACAUCAGUACAAAACCAUACAAAGUUCUUUGUUUUAAAACUGGGUUUUUAAAACAAUGAUAUGUUUUGUUUUUAAAACCCAUAGGGUUGUGCUGAGCAUAUUCUGCCAUUGACAGAGAAUACAACAAGGUAACACCAAUAUAUGAAGUUUGUUUGUAACUCACGUCAACGAUCACAAUCAAACUGUGUAGUUCAGUGUAUGAUAUGUCUGCAGUCACAUCAUCAAUCUUACACUACUUCGGUAUUUUGUUCAGGGGUUUGGGCAGAUUUUACCUCGUUUUAUUAUUGCUUAUCGACUUUUGUUUUAACUAACUAAAUUGUGUCACUUACUUAGUAUAUCACUGAAUGUUAUUUUAGUUAUUGAAUAUUAACUGAGUAAUACGUAAUUUAAACAUAAUAAUGCAUCCAUGGUUGGUAGUUCUGCCUCUAUACCUAAUGCUCAAAGAACACACACUGCUCCAGCAGUUUUACUGGACGUGUAAUGGGAACAGCUGAACUGACAUUUAUUUGGGAAUAUACAUAAUCAUUAUAUUAUUAAUUAUUGUUAUGAGUGGAAGAGGUUGGUCCGUUGUACGUAUAAUUGACAGGGCUAUUUGAGUCUCUGUGUUCUUUGUAGCAAUCUGUGCUACAUUACCAGACUGUUGGGGAAAUACCAAAAUGCUUUCACGACAAACGGAUUGAUGCUGAUGGUAGUACCGAGGAAACUCAUGUUGUACAUAUCAGUGCGCAGUUUACGGAUUCUACUAUUGCAUAAUGUCAAAUGUUUGACUGAAAAUAAACACUGUAUGCAUGAGAAUACAUUGCCAUAAAUCUCUUGUCACACCAAUAAUCGGUAUAAACACUGUAUGCAUGAGAAUACAUUGCCAUAAAUCUCUUGUCACACCAAUAAUCGGUAUAAAAAUAAGGCUCAUCCCAGCAUUGAAGUUUGAGAAUAAAAGUUGUAAAAACUAACAAUUGGUGUUUAGAGGCGACUUCGAGUACAGAAAUCUAUAGCUAUAGAUUAGGUUUCAAUAAUCCAUUCUAAAUAAACUUAAUAUAUAGGGGGAUAAUGAAAUAGGUUUGGGUGAUGUAUUUUAACAUAUUUUACUUAUAGUAUAACACUUAAUGCUUACAUAUCUCUUUAAAGUGAAAGUAAUCGGGUUUUUUUUUUCCGGGAGAUUAAAGUUAGGUCUGGUUAUUACUAUUAAUUUUGCUGCACUUAUUUAAAUCGAACUAACGUGUGCAAAUGAUAGUAGAAUUAACACAUAACGGUGCUUCACUAAAUAAUGAGCUUGUUAUUAUUGUUUGAAUGCAUCAAUGUAUGUUUUUUAAAUACUAUUUUUCUCUUGUAAUUAGGAUGAAGUUGUAAGCGCCAAGGCGAGAGAUCACCAACUGCAACAAAUACUGUGUAUAUUGAAGCAUAUUUUAAAGCAUGUUUUUAGGUUAAAGUUUGAAGAUAAUACACCCAUUUUUAGAGAUACGAUUUUAAAUUUCCGCAUAAUUGUAUAGUUGCGUUGAUAUGGUUUUACUAUUUUCUUGUUUGACUUUGAUGUAGUCAUAGAUGAAUCGACCAAAAUAAAGAAAUACAUUCACCAAUAAAAAAA